CAUUAACAGGCAAGAAGAAAACCCUACCCGAACCUCUGUUCUUUAGGGCUCUAGCAAGCUAGGUUUCUGCAAAUAUGGAUUCGGAAUUAUCAGUAGAACCUCAAUCUUUGAAGAAACAGAGCUUCAAAUCUCUGGAGCGCGCUCCUCUCGAUAUAUUCUCUCCUCUCCACGGCCACUUCUCCCCUUCCGAUCCGCUAAAUCUUGAGUAUGGAGCUAUAGCAAGCAAACCAGCAAUUUAUGGUCAUCCUUCAAAUGCCCUUGCUCUUCCAGGUCCACAAAAUGGGUUUUCAUCAGAAAGCAGGAACCUUUCUACUGCUGCAACAAUGGAAAGAACACCAAGUAAAUGGAAGAAUUACAGGGUGAUUAGUGGGCAUUUGGGUUCGGUGAGGUCUAUUGCAGUGGACCAAAGUAAUUUAUGGUUUUGUACAGGCUCAGCUGAUGGGAUUAUCAAGAUUUGGGAUUUAGCAACUGGAACGCUAAACCUCACUCUUAUUGCCCAUAUGGAACAAAUAAGAGGCCUUGCUAUUAGCAAUAUAGAAACCUGCGUAUUCUCUGCCAGUGAUGAUAAACAAGUAAAAUACUGGGACCUAGUACACAAUCAGGUGAUUCAGUCUUAUCAUGGCCAUUUAAGUGGUGUCUACUGCUUAGCUCUUCAUCCCACCUUUAAUGUCCUGCUCACUGGGGGUCGUGAUUCUAUGUGUAGGCUCUGGGACAUCAGAACCAACAUGCAAAUACAUGCUUUGUCUGGGCAUGACAACACCGUAUGCUCUGUUUUAACUCGCCAAAUGAAUCCUUAUCAGGUCAUCACUGGAUCACAUGAUUCAACUAUAAAAUUAUGGGAUAUUAGAUAUUUUAAGACUAUGGCAACACUCGCACACCACAAGAAAUCUGUGAGGGCGAUGGCUAUGCAUCCAAAAGAGGAUAAUGCUUUUGUGUCUGCCUCUGCUGACAACAUAAAAAAAUUCAACCUCCCCAGAGGAGAAUUCUUGCACAACAUGAUUUCUCACCAGAAAACAAUCAUCAAUGCAAUGGCGGUUAAUGACGAGGGUGUUAUUGCUACAGGAGGUGAUAAUGGAAGCUUGUGGUUCUGGGAUUGGAGGAGUGGCCACAAUUUCCAGCAAGCACAAACUAUUGUUCAACCUGGGUCACUGGAAAGCGAAGCUUGCAUCUAUGCACUCGCCUAUGAUGUAACUGGUACAAUGCUUAUUACUUGCGAGGCUGACAAGACUAUAAAGAUGUGGAGGAGAGGAUGACAAUGUUACCCCAGAAACUCACCCUCUUCACCAUCAUUUUAAUAAGCAA